UAAAAUUUAACUGCUAUUGUUGUUUUGAUGUCAGUUAUCUGUUCUCGAACAAUUGUUUUUAAAUUGUUUCCUGUAAUCAUUUGAUGUUCGAUUGUUCAUGAUUUUACGUGCGUAUUGUCCACAAUAUCUAACUGUUUAACAAGACAUUAUUUACGCUAGACCUGGAAAAUGCUCCAUAAGUUCUUUAUAAUUUGGACACAAUACAUCCACUGAUAAAAACCUUAAAUAGCAAAAGUAUUGUUUAAUAAUGGCUUAAUGAUAAUAAAAUGUGUUUCAAAGUCCUGCAUUUAAGUUCGUCACCGUACUGGGUCGAGGAAUGCGAGGUUUGUUUCUUAUUACAUACAUAUUCUCGUUUUGGAACACAAUAGCUUGCGGCGAACGCUAGUUAACCGAUCCCAGUUUAGUUUCCAUUUCAAAAUUACAAGAAGUUUUGCGUGAUUUUUAUUUUGUUGAGAUGGACCGAUUUUAUUAUGUCUUUACAUUAUGCUAUGUGCCUUUGAGUAAUAAAACUCCUAUGUUUGAUUUAGGACAUGAUUUUAAAUGCGUAAACCACUUGAAUAGGUAUGAUAAAGUUUGUAAAAGUAUGUAAAAGCUUUGUAAGUUGAGUUGAUUGCUUGAUGCGGGUGCAUUCAAGUCAGGCGUCACGUCAACCGUCAACAAUCGCGUCCUUGAGAUCGUCAGAACUCUGAGCUUAUCUGAGGUUCGGUGCGCCGCCGCUAACGUCGCGAUACGGCUCACUCGAGUGCCGGCCGCCGCGGUCGCACAUCUACAUACCAUCGCCGCGCACGCCGCAUACGCCGCAUACGCCGCAUGAGCGCGCCUUGUUUACUAUACGCUACAUCGCCGGCUUUCUGUUCGUUCCCGUGUUCCAAACUACAAUUUAUUUUUUAAAACCGAACCUGUUUUACACGGUGUUAUAAUGUGGUUGAGUGUAAUUUUUCUUAUUAUAUUACUUUUAUUAAUUGUGUCGUUGACAAUUUUUCACUUCACUACAAAUGGAAGAAAAUACUGGCUUCACCGAAAAGUGCCGUACAGAGAGCCGUGUCCCAUUUUCGGCAACUUUGGUGCAACGCUUACGAUGCGACGGAGCUACACCAAUAUGGUUCAGUUUUUCUACGAUUCAUUUAGAGAAGAGAAGUUCGUCGGUAUUUUUCAAGCCAGAAGACCAACGCUGUUCAUAAUAGAUUUGGAUAUUAUUAAGAAUAUUUUUAUAAAAGACUUUGCCUGCUUUAGCGACCGUAUAUCGGUGUCGACAGACACUCAAAGGGAACCUCUGCUUCGGAACUUGGCAAACAUGAGCGGAGCCGAAUGGAAAGCCAUGCGACACAUAGUGACUCCGACCUUUUCGUCCGCCAAAAUGAAAGCUAUGUUCCCUCUCGUUGCAGACUGUGCGAAUUCUCUAAAUAUAGCACUCUCGCGAGAAGCGUUGGACGAUGUUGAUGUUCCGAAAUUAAUGUCGCGAUUCACGACAGAUGUGAUAGGAAGCUGCGCCUUUGGUGUCGAUCCUGGCUCCUUGAAAAAUCCUGAUUCACCCUUCUUAGCGAUGUCACAGAGAAUGUUUAAAACGGAUCGCACUACUGUACUGAAACGUUAUUGCCGGACGUUCUUCCCGAGGUUGUUUAAAUUUUUGAAUCUCAGAACUUACUCUUGGGAAGUCGAAGCUUUCUUUACUAAUAUUAUAAGUCAAGUCUUAGAAGAGAGGCGAAGAACGGGAGUGCAGAGAAAUGAUUUUAUACAACUGAUGUUAAACAUGCAGAAGACUGAGACUGAGUUUUAUAUGACAGAUGAAUUGAUAACUUCCAAUUCUUUUAUAUUUAUGUUAGCCGGUUUGGAAACGUCGGCGACCACAUUGUCGUUUUGUCUGUAUGAACUUGCGAAGGAUCCCGACUUGCAGAAUAAAGUGAGACAAGAAAUAACCGAUUGCACGGAACGCUACGGAGGUUUGAACUACGAUGCAGUGUGUGCGAUGCGUUUGGUGGUCCAAACGGCGAUGGAGACGCUACGGCUGCAUCCCCCUACACCCUUCACCACGCGCCUCUGUACGGCGCCAUGCACUCUGUCAAGCGAUUUAGAAGUGAAAGUAAAAGACGCUGUACUUAUUCCGCUGCAUUGUAUACAGAAAGAUCCCAGAUACUUUGCAAAUCCUGACAAAUUUGAUCCUGACAGGUUUAAAGAAGAUUUCAACCCACCUGCGUUUAUGGCUUUCGGAGAAGGUCCUCGUAGUUGUCCAGGUGCUCGUUUCGCUCAGCUGAUCGUGGCAGCGGGUCUGGCGGCCGUGCUGAGCGGAUACCAAGUGCAGCCCUGCGCUAGAACAACACCCACUAUACAUUACGACCCUCGCAGCGUCAUGCUUAAGAAUAAAGGCGGCAUUUGGUUAAAGUUUAAACCAUUAUAAAGCUAACUGGAAUUGGGUUAAGAGGGGGUGUUUCAAAAGAAACUGCUUUCUUAAAGUGAUGGUGUCUGGACUCAUCGUAUCUACCGUACAUUGGGAAUUAACCACUGUUUUCUAAUGCAGGGGAAUGCGAGCGCUUGUUAAACUUGUAGAAUGACACGACUAUUUACGAAACUGGAAUUAAAGUAAAUGGUUUUUGUGUUGUGAACGUCGAGAAACGGAAAUGGUUAAGUAGCUUUACCCUACCAUAAAAACCUUACUUUUACCUUUUACCUUAAAAACUUAUACGUACUUUUACCUUAAAAAACGUAAAGCAAAGUCUCUUUCUUGUCUUUUCACCUGCGGGUAAUAAGCUAUGUGAGAAAAAAAAAGAAUGAGUGAAUAUCUCCAACUUACUGCAAGUAAUAGUUGUUUUUAAGUUUAUCAGUAUUAAAAAUUCUCUAAAAUAAAAAGAAAACGGAUUACCAUAAGUAUAAUAAAUAAUUAGAUCUUUAUUUAAUUUAUGUAUUGUUUUUAGAAUCUGAAAUAUAUGAAUUGCCAUAAGAAGUUUU